UAUGCCUAAACUAUAGGAUUCCUUACUAGAUAAUCUAGGGAAAAAAGAAGUUACUUAAUAUGUGUACGGGAAACUUGAACAAAAAUACAAUGGAGUGUAUGGUGCAAUUUAAGCUCAACUACGUAUAAAUGUCAGUUUGUUUUUGGAAAGUGUUAAUUUCGUUUUCUAUUUUUAUACUAUUGCACGUUAUUGUUUUAAUUCGUCGACGGACAGUUUGAAAGAGAAAAGCGUGAGAUCGAACUUCCGCCGCUAAAGAUGGAACAGGGUUCUUUUGAAAGAGAAAAGCGUGAGAUCGAACUUCCGCCGCUAAAGAUGGAACAGGGUUCUUUUGAAAGAGAAAAGCGUGAGAUCGAACUUCCGCCGCUAAAGAUGGAACAGGGUUCUUUUGAAAGAGAAAAGCGUGAGAUCGAACUUCCGCCGCUAAAGAUGGAACAGGGUUCUUUUGAAAGAGAAAAGCGUGAGAUCGAACUUCCGCCGCUAAAGAUGGAACAGGGUUCUUUUGAAAGAGAAAAGCGUGCGAUCGAACUUCCGCCGCUAAAGAUGGAACAGGGUUAUCUUCGUAUCGGAAAGCGAGAAACCGGAGGACUAAGAUCAGGAACAGAAACUGAUGAGUUUGAAAGAGAAAAGCGUGAGAUCGAACUUCCGCCGCUAAAGAUGGAACAGGGUUCUUUUGAAAGAGAAAAGCGUGCGAUCGAACUUCCGCCGCUAAAGAUGGAACAGGGUUAUCUUCGUAUCGGAAAGCGAGAAACCGGAGGACUAAGAUCAGGAACAGAAACUGAUGAGUUUGAAAGAGAAAAGCGUGAGAUCGAACUUCCGCCGCUAAAGAUGGAACAGGGUUCUUUUAAAAGAGAAAGGCGUGCGAGCGAACAUCCGUUUAAGAUGGAACAGGAUGAGUUUAAAAGAGAAAGGCGUGCGAGCGAACUUCCGUUUAAGAUGGAACAGGAUGAGUUUAAAAGAGAAAGGCGUGCGAGCGAACAUCCGUUUAAGAUGGAACAGGAUGAGUUUAAAAGAGAAAGGCGUGCAAGCGAACAUCCGUUUAAGAUGGAACAGGAUGAGUUUAAAAGAGAAAGGCGUGCGAGCGAACAUCCGUUUAAGAUGGAACAGGAUGAGUUUAAAAGAGAAAGGCGUGCAAGCGAACAUCCGUUUAAGAUGGAACAGGAUGAGUUUAAAAGAGAAAUGCGUGCGAGCGAACUUCCGUUUAAGAUGGAACAGGAUGAGUUUAAAAGAGAAAGGCGUGCGAUCGAACUUCCGCAAGAGAGUGAACAGGAUCAGUUUAAAAGAGAAAAACGAUCGGUCAAACUUCCGCUAGGGAUGGAACAGGAUCAGUUUGAAAGAGAAAAGCGUUCGGUCGUACUCGUACCAAGGAUGGAACAGGAUCAGUUUAAAAGAGAAAGGCGUGCGAGCGAACAUCCGUUUAAGAUGGAACAGGAUGAGUUUAAAAGAGAAAGGCGUGCGAUCGAACUUCCGCAAGAGAGUGAACAGGAUCAGUUUAAAAGAGAAAGGCGUGCGAGCGAACAUCCGUUUAAGAUGGAACAGGAUGAGUUUAAAAGAGAAAGGCGUGCAAGCGAACAUCCGUUUAAGAUGGAACAGGAUGAGUUUAAAAGAGAAAGGCGUGCGAGCGAACUUCCGUUUAAGAUGGAACAGGAUGAGUUUAAAAGAGAAAGGCGUGCGAGCGAACUUCCGUUUAAGAUGGAACAGGAUGAGUUUAAAAGAGAAAGGCGUGCGAGCGAACUUCCGUUUAAGAUGGAACAGGAUGAGUUUAAAAGAGAAAGGCGUGCAAGCGAACAUCCGUUUAAGAUGGAACAGGAUGAGUUUAAAAGAGAAAGGCGUGCGAGCGAACUUCCGUUUAAGAUGGAACAGGAUGAGUUUAAAAGAGAAAGGCGUGCGAGCGAACAUCCGUUUAAGAUGGAACAGGAUGAGUUUAAAAGAGAAAGGCGUGCAAGCGAACAUCCGUUUAAGAUGGAACAGGAUGAGUUUAAAAGAGAAAGGCGUGCGAGCGAACUUCCGUUUAAGAUGGAACAGGAUGAGUUUAAAAGAGAAAGGCGUGCGAGCGAACUUCCGUUUAAGAUGGAACAGGAUGAGUUUAAAAGAGAAAGGCGUGCAAGCGAACAUCCGUUUAAGAUGGAACAGGAUGAGUUUAAAAGAGAAAGGCGUGCGAGCGAACUUCCGUUUAAGAUGGAACAGGAUGAGUUUAAAAGAGAAAGGCGUGCGAGCGAACAUCCGUUUAAGAUGGAACAGGAUGAGUUUAAAAGAGAAAGGCGUGCAAGCGAACAUCCGUUUAAGAUGGAACAGGAUGAGUUUAAAAGAGAAAGGCGUGCGAGCGAACAUCCGUUUAAGAUGGAACAGGAUGAGUUUAAAAGAGAAAGGCGUGCGAUCGAACUUCCGCAAGAGAGUGAACAGGAUCAGUUUAAAAGAGAAAGGCGUGCGAUCGAACUUCCGGAAGAGAGUGAACAGGAUCAGUUUAAAAGAGAAAGGCGUGCGAUCGAAUUUCCGCUAGAGGAGGAAGAGGAUCAGUUUGAAAGAGAAAAGCGUUCGAUCGUACUCGUACCAAGGAUGGAACAGGAUCACUUUAAAAGAGAAAGGCGUGCGAGCGAACAUCCGUUUAAGAUGGAACAGGGUGAGUUUAAAAGAGAAAGGCGUGCGAGCGAACAUCCGUUUAAGAUGGAACAGGAUGAGUUUAAAAGAGAAAGGCGUGCGAGCGAACUUCCGUUUAACAUGGAACAGGAUGAGUUUAAAAGAGAAAGGCGUGCGAUCGAAUUUCCGCAAGAGAGUGAACAGGAUCAGUUUAAAAGAGAAAGGCGUUCAAUCGAACUUUCACAAGAGAGUGAACAGGAUCAGUUUAAAAGAGAACGGCGUUCGAUCGAAUUUCCGCUGGAGGAUGUAGAGGAUGGGGAUCUCCUUACCAUACUACUUGACGUCCUCUUGGAAGACCGCUUUCAUAUUCCGUGAUGGACCAAGUCCGACGAUGACCUUUGCCCUACCGAUUCCAGUAGACUAAUCGUUACCACAAUCGUCUCUUCUUCUAUCCUUCUAAAAUAUGAUAUAAUAUAAGAUUUAUUCAUAUUUAUUCGUAUAUUUGAGUGUAAUUAAGUCACACUUGAUUAAAAAUAAUUUUCCUCUGCUUCAUUAUCAAAGUUUUUCUCUUAUUUGUUAAUAUUCAACAGAAAUAUCUUAUGAAUACCUGGAUACUUCAGACAUCGAGUGGCAUCUGAAAGCUGAACUGUCCUUUUUAAUGUGACCGGGGCUGACUGAAACCGGGACCGGUGAAGACCACCAAGAAAGAUAACUCUGCUGGACUUAAAGCGAUGUCUGAUACUAGAUAUUUCCCCUUCAAUAAAUUGAUAAAGUAA